AUGACUCGCGUCGACCCUGACCCCAACCGCACCAGUCCUUACAAUUACUCCCUUCCCGACGGGCGACGCAAUGCUGGUCCCACUGAGUGGAUUUGUAUCUUGAUGAUCGUGCUCUUCGGUGUCUCCACUGUGAUUCACUGUGUACAAAGUGUCUUGGGGCGUCACUGGUAUCUGAUUGCAACUGUGGUCUUGUGUGGCGUUGGGGAGCUAAUCGGAUGGAGCGGUCGCCUAUGGAGCUCGAUCAACCCUCCUUCUUACCCACCGUUCCAGAUCCAAAUAUCAACCACCAUCAUAUCGCCUACGUUCCUGAGCGCUGCGAAUUUCCUCAUUUUUGGUGUUAUUGUGAAGGUGUACGGAACUCAGUACAGCCGCCUCUCACCCAAGCUCUAUGCAACCCUCUUCAUUGUGAUAGAUACCAUUUCGCUGGUAAUACAAGCCGUCGGUGGGGGUAUGGCAUCGGCGGCUUCGACGGAUGCUGCUGCUUCACAUGGUGCCCACAUUAUGGAAGGCGGUAUCAUCCUUCAACUUGUUGCCAUUAUAUUUUAUACCGCCCUAGCGGCUGAAUUCCUCUGGCGUUAUACGACUCAUAGCCCCCUGGUGUCGGUAAGCGCGCCAAGCCUGGAACCAGGCAUCGUCGAGGAUGGCCAAGAGCCGAAGCGUCCCCAUGAAUUCCAUCAAAAGGUGAAACUACAGCUAUGUGGACUCAUCCUUAGCACGCUAUUCUUGUUUAUUCGAUCCAUCUACCGAACGAUCGAGCUCAACGGCGGUUGGACAGGAAGAGUCAUCUCCACUGAACUGUAUUUCAACGUGCUCGAUGGCUCCAUGAUCGUCCUUGCGAUGUACACUAUGAAUUUCCUGCAUCCUACGUGGUUGCUUGAUCGACAGCGCCACUGA